CACAUUCAUCUUAAGUACUCCAGACAGCCUGGGCCCCUUAUGGAAAGUCCAUCUGUGGCACAACAAUGGCGGCCAGUCUCCAAGCUGGUACGUCAGCCAUGUGAUUGUCAAGGACCUGGUGACUGGCAUGAGCUGGUUCUUCCCAGCUGAGUGCUGGCUGGCAGUGGAUGAGGGUGAUGGGAAAGUGGAGCGAGAGCUGACCUCCCUCAGCCAUGGCCCUGGGUUCAAAAAGCUCCUUUACUGUAAGCUGACGGAAUAUUUGGAGGAUUUUCACUUUUGGGCUUCUGUGUACAGCCGUCCUUCUCACAGCCAGUUCUCCCACACCCAGCGCCUCACGCUAUGCCUUAUACUGCUGCUGGGCUAUAUGCUCCUCAGUACUGUGCUCAUUUACGUGAAGGAUGAUGAGUUUACAGCUGAGUUGGGUCUCAUUGACAUCUCUGCCGUCUCCCUGGUAACGGGUAUCUUUAGUACUCUUGCUGCACUACCAUUCGGAGUUCUGUUGUCACUGCUGUUCCGAUUCAGCAAGGUAACAAUCAAACAAGAUACAUCAGCAGAACAGAACAAGUCUACAAAAGCAUCUUAUGUCUACUCUGUGGAAGCUCACCGGGAUGCCCUGCUGUCAGAGGACAGUACUUUUGAAUCUUAUAUAUCGUGGCAAAAUCUGCAACGCUGGGCACAAGAAACGUGGCAGAAAAAGCAUGAGCGGGGCCUGGAAUCCCGCAGUCCCAUUAUUGUCUCUGAGCAGGACAGCCAGUCGAACAGUAAGAAGGAAGGCACGUGUGCUUCUGAUUGCAGCUCCAGCGGCUUUGAGGACUGCAGCUCUCAAGAGAACAGCAAAGUCCCACCCAAGUGCUUUGAGCACAGCACCAGUGACCUUCGCUCAGACAGCUCAUUGGAUCGCAGUCUCUAUGAACACCACCAGGUUUUCGGAAGCAGUACAAUUGUACUUCCCUUUUGGUGUCGUUACCUGGCAUGGGCAGCCUGUUUGUUGCUUGCUAUAGUCUGUAUUGUGGUCACUGUCCUGCUGGGACUUAAGUUUAGUGGUACGAAAAGUCUUCUGUGGAUUCAUUCUUUGUUUUUCUCCCUGCUGUUUUGCAUUUUUGUUGUACAGCCUUUAGUGAUUUUUAUAUUAGCAUCUGUGGUAUCAUUGAGGUACAAGGAACGCAGUGACUUUUAUACAGGCUGCCUGGAAACUGGGCCUGUUCUCGAAGCUGUGAAACCCUGGAGCUCGAAUGGAGGCUCUGAAAACUAUAGCCACAGUGUACACCAGGAACAGCCUACAGAUUUUGACAGGAUCAUAGCUGCGCGCCAGAGGGCACGCUACCUCCGCCUUGUUCGUCCUCCCACUCCAGCACAGCUGAAGGAAGCCAGAGAUAGGAUAAGGAAAGAAGGUUUGAUACAGCACACUCUGAGGGAGUUUGUGCUUUACAUCGUCAUGUUGCUGCUGCUCAUGUUUGUAACCUAUGGAAAAUUCUCCAAUGACCAAUACCUUCUGAAUCAGGCCGUCAGGACUGAGUUCACCAAGAAUCCGAAGAAACUGCUUUCUGAAGUGAAAACAGCUGAGGAUUGGUGGAGCUGGAGCAUGACCGCUUUAUUAGAGGGUCUGUAUUGGGACACCUGGUAUAACAAUGCUUCUGCAAGUGCCAAGGCGGGUCCCCUUAAAGGAACAUGUAGUCUGAUUGGUGAACCGAUGCUUCAGAAAAUACAAGUUAUAAAUAACACUGGCUGCACGAUUCCCAGCAUGUUUACUGGCCUGAUCACAGACUGUGUGCCUCCUUACAGGCCUGACGUCCAUGAUCCAGGCAGCAAAGAGACCUCUGACAGCCAGACUGACACAGUAAGGGUCCAUUUGUGUGGUCAAAUAGAGUGCUACGAUGGAAAAGUAACUACUGUCAAACUGGGCAGAAUAAGAUCUGAAGCGUACCGCACGCUGUUGCAGUUGAGUGCUGACAGGUGGCUUGACAGAAGCACCAGAGCAGUGGUGGUGGAGUUCACGCUCUACAACCCUCCCUCCAACCUCUUCACCACUGUCUCCCUGCUGGCUGAGACCCCACCAACAGGGGGCGUCAUUCCUUCAGCAUACAUUGAGUCAGUCAGCAUUUAUCAUGUCUCCUCUGUCCUAGAUUACUUCAUCAUGGCCUUUGAGCUCAUUUUUCUGGCUUUGAUUCUUCUUCACCUUUACUUCCAAGUCUGUGCAAUGAUUCAGAAGGGGUUGCUGGUUUACUGGCAGGAACCAUGGAAUUGGCUUGAGGUGACCAUCAUUAUCAUCAGUCUGUUUUACUACACCUAUUACAUGUAUCACUUUGUGCUGGCUGUGGAAAUAAUAGAUUACCUACAGAGGGGAAACUUCAAAGCAUUUGUGGAUCUGAGUUUAAUCUCAUCCUGGGACCAGCUUACACGUUGUCUCCAUGGAGUGAUCAUAUUCCUUCUGUUACUGAAAUGCAUUCGCCUCCUGAGGAUUAAUAAAGUCAUCAGCCCCUGUGUGACAAUGCUGCGUCUUUCCUGCUCCAGCAUAACACUGCCAGUGGUGGCUGGCAUUAUUUUCAUGAUUGCCUAUUCCUGCCUCGGGAACCUCUUGUUCUUAUCCACAUCUCAUCCAUUCAGUACUAUUGUGAGGUCCUUCCAGACUGUCCUCAUGCACUUCAUGGGAGUGAGCGAGCUUCAGACCCUGUCUUCCAUGUACAAAACCAACCAACUCUCCAUUGCAAUAUACUAUGGGACCUUUUUCUUCAUAUUGUCUGUCCUCUGGAUAGGAAUGAUUGCUGGGGUUCUCACGUCAUUGGCCCAAGACUCAAAGAAGUCUUCCAGAAGCAAACACCUGGUCACUCUCACAGAGGUUGUGAUCUAUAGUCGUGAAAAGUUUCUUGCUUUCAUCGGGAGAAAAAGGCAGAACUCGUCAGACAGCCCCACAACAGGUGGCAGUAACUUUUACUUGGAUGAAUUUGAGACUCUCAUGGAUGAGCUUCUGUUCCGACUCAAUGCUUUUUCAAAUAGCCUGCACCGUUCUCUACCAGCCAAACAGAGAAACUACCUGGGUGACGAAAAGCCCUCUGAUAUCCCAGUCUGAUUAUUAUUACAGUCCAGGCUCAGAGAGCGCAUCUGUGAAUGAAGACAGUGUUGGAAAGAAGGUUUAUAAAAUUGAGCAGAAGCUGUUCAAAAACAACCCAGAGAUGUAUAAUCUUUUAAUGUCCACCAAAGAGAAUGACUUAGCUAGUCAGAGACCUCUGAGAUCACAGCUUGAAACUGAAACAUUUCACCAUCUGCAUCUGCAAAACCAUGGCAGCCCAUCAGUGACAUCUGUAGACAAUUCUGAGAACUGCAAGUCCAGCCAUACCCACUCCCAAGAUAAGCCCAGUGUUACUCUUCCUGGAAGUACAAAUCCAUCAAGUGAGUCCUGCGCUUCAAUGUCAGAUUCCUGUAGUUUGCCAGAGCAAU